GUUGAGGAUUGAUUUUGAUACAUGUUGUAGAUUUCAGAUGUUGUUUUCGUUGUCUUCGGAUAUCGCUUUAAGGGAAGGAGGAUGGAAAUCAGCUGUACUUGACAUUCGCAUCUGACGUGAAAUGUCAGUCUGACACUUGAGUGAAUAGGCCACCUGCUUGUGGAAGUGGGGCAGCCGAGUGUGCCGAGCAGCAGUGCGGUGCAAAACAUGGUACUGGUGUGAGGUGUUUCCCCAUAUUUUUUUUUCCUUCUCACCACUGCAGAAAGGACUCCUCUCUGAUCAGGAUGGAUUGGGUGAUAUCGGAUGAGCUGUCCCUGACAGUGGGCCACCUUGUUGGCUGGGUGAGCGCAGGUGCCAUGAUCAUCGGUGGUGUCAUCCCCUACAUACCGCAGUACAAGCAGAUCAAACAGACCCAGGAUGCUGAAGGUUUCUCGCUGCUCGUUUGUCUUGCCCUCCUCAUUGCCAACACACUCAGGAUCAUGUUUUGGUUCGGUAAACAUUUUGAAUACCCUUUGCUGAUCCAAAGCUUCAUCAUGAACAUAACAAUGUUCACUAUGAUCCAUCUGUGUGUCCGUGUCCGAAAUAAGAAUCAAAUCAUGCAGGCCCGUCAGCGCAUCUUCACAGCGAGACCGAGCGAAGUGGUCAGGUUGCUUCAGGCUAAGCCUCCGUGCUGCGUGCACAGUAUCUACGAUUUCGACUCGAAGUUCUUCUGGAAUUGGACAGAUUUCCAGUCGUACAUGGACUGCAUGCUCGUCUUCACGAUCGUCUCGUCCUUCCUCAUGUACCUCCUCAUGGAUUACGUGAUCUUCGUGGAGACGGUCGGAUUCCUCGCGGUGUUCACCGAGGCGAUGCUCGGCGCUCCGCAGCUGGUGAAGAACUUCAAGAAUAAGUCGACGGAGGGCAUGAGCAUAACCAUGGUCGCCCUCUGGACGUUCGGGGACAUCUUCAAGACGGCCUACUUCUUCAUCCGGGAGGCGCCCCUGCAGUUCUGGAUAUGCGGCUGCCUGCAGGUCUCCAUCGACUUGCUCAUCCUGCUGCAGGUGUACAUCUACAGGUGCAACGAGGAGCCGAAGCGGAGCCGAUCCCGUCGAGGGGAUUGAGUAGUUAUCAUUUGGACACACGACACUGAGGAGGGCAAGACACAACAGCAGCAGCAGCAACAACAAAAACGAGACGAGAACGAUGAAGAGGAAGACGAUGAGGAGGAGCGCGAUGAUGAUGAGGAAGAGAUGAUGGAGCAGGGGAUGAACGAGGAGGAGGAGCAGGAGGAUGACGAGGGUAAUAUAUUGACUUGCGUAAAGUCGGUUAAAGAUGAUGAUGAUGGGGGUUUGGAAAACACUGAUCCGGAGGACUCUCAGAUCAACGGAACGGCCGUGAUCUGCAGGAAUUUCGAGGUGGACGUCGAGAUCCACGCGGACGGCGACGGCGUCGAUCCGCCGCUCCGCCGUCCCCCGCGAAUUCCUAAUAGUAAUAAUAAUAAUAAUAUUCAUAGUAAUAAUAAUAAUCCUAGGUACAAAAAGCCUCCAAGAAAUGUUAGUAUGCUUAUACACAGGCAUACCUUAUGACGCAUCGUACGUUUCCAUUUUCGCGGACGGUAAUUUCUGUGAUCCCACCAAAGAUCAUUAAAGACAUUUUUUUUUUAAAUAAUCGAAACGCGCGCGGCAAUCUACCACCAACUAUCAUACAAACAUUUUCCUCCCCAAAAAAAAA